GCGUAUCAUACUUGGCGGGCGGGUCUAUCCGACCCGAUUCCGAAACCCAUUGGGUCUGUGUCCAAGUCCAAAUUUACAGACCCGCCGGGUAAACGGGUCCGGGUCCAUUAUUAACUUAGCGGGUUUGGAUUUGGAACACUACGUUCUGACCUGGACCCGACCCAUUGUCAGGACUAAAUUUGUAUUUGUUGUGAAACCAGACGACCCUUUGAAGAUAAGGAGGGUACGUUUUUGCGUCCGAGUGUAGUGACUUGUAGCGUUGAAGUCCUGUUAUCAGUUUGUGGGGCGAAUCAUAGUUUUAGUAGACCGGAUAGAUAUAGUAGUCUUCUUCAUCCUGAAGCGUAUCUGAUUAGCUUUUGGUUAUCACCGGGUGGUCCUCAAGGGAAAGCUCCUGGGUAGUAUAUUCCUUAGCUUUGUCUAUCACCUGUGCAAAAUUUGGACCUACGAUCUGGUCCAAAUUUGGUAUCUAUGCUUUCCAGCACAAUGGUCUGCUCUCUUCCUCACUUUUUCCCUCCUGGGUAGUUACUAAGGUCCCAACUUUCUUCCUAAUGUCUUGGAUUCCUUGACACAAACCCUUCUUGUUCUCAGAUGCCCCCUUUUCUUUCUCCGCUAACUUUUUGCAAAUAAAUGGAUGAUGUCCAUAUUCUUUACAAUGAAAGCAGUAAUUAGGGAAAGUUUCGUACACCACAAAUUGUCUAAAGGGAAAAUCGCAGUUUUGGUCCCCCAAACAGCCACCAUAUUGAAAUUCCAGACUCGUGAUUUUUCUUUUUUAAAUCUCACCCCAGAUUUGUCAGAAUUGUUUUAAAUCUCACCCCUACCAUUAAUAAUCUUACAAAUUCCGUGUGGUUUUUCAUUUUUUCAGGGAUAAACAUGUAACUUCGCAUCCUUAUACGUUUAAAUCCCUAAAUCGAGUUAUCGUCAACCCUUUAUCAUGCUUAUCAAACCAAAUUGAAAUGUUUUGCUUAAUCCUUUGCUCUGAACUCUUUUUCGCCAACUUUCCGUUGGACAUGACGUUCGAAUAUUGAAGCUAUAUUGAAGCCAAGAUGAUGGAGUAUAUGGCCCGGGAACCCCCGGCCCACAGACUCCUACUACACCAAUAAAGGCCCAACCGGCACAGGAAGCACAUCAGACCCCAAAUUACGAUGCCCCAAGCACUAAGCAGCCCACAGCGCACACUGGGGAGCCUUCGCCCCCCUGACCGAAGGCUCAAAACUCUCACAUAACAGGUUUUUCAAGCAAACUAAGAAACUGGGAGAAAAACGGCAGAAAACAGUAGCCCUCGGCACCUGGAGCCCUCGGCACCCAGGGGGUCCCCGGCACUCAGAGCCCUCAGCUAGUUCUCUGCAGCCGAGGGCACCUCUCCCGACAUAAUAUCCGCGCCACAUGCGUACAGAUCACCGUACCCUGUACAACGUCCCAUCCAACAGCCGCAUUAAAUGCGGCCACAUGCGACUGCCAGCGCCAACCAGUUGAGGUGACCUCUCGGCCAAUGGGCGUUUGACACGUGUCCCUGUCCGGCAUUUAUUGCUACUAUAAAUAGCACCUCAUUUCCCCAUUUGUAACCACGCUGAAAACGCUCCACACUUAUAAUAUACUUUCUCUCUAUAUAUUUACUUGCUCUGACUUCUCUCUUAUUACUUCCCAUAAUAACCCCUCGGAUAAGCUACCCCACGGGUACACUUUCCAUCAUUUGGUGCUCUCAUUGAGAGGUCGAACAAUCGAGUGAGAAACCCUCCCCCUUCGCCAAACACUAGCCCUCUACCAACUCCAAAAACGUAGAAGACAAGAACCUGGCCCUCGGCGACGUCAACGCCCUCGAAGCCUCUCACAGGGCUCCCGAGGGCGGUGUCAUCGCUGGGCUGGAACAGGCGGCUGUCGACCUACGCCUUCAGAUCCAGCAAAAUGCCCCCGAUGCCCGCCUCGGCAUCGAGGCCAAGAAGAAAAACCGGAGUGAUGACCAAGUCAGCCCUCCGGUCCUCACCAUCGACGUUCAUUCGGCGCUCUCCGGCUUCAUCCAAACGCUAACUCAGAACCCGGGUGCCUUCGGCACCCUGGCUCCGGCUCCACCCCAGGUUGGGGAGAACAUCAUGCUUCCCCCUCUGCCACACCCCUUCGGAAAUCCCAUCCCUUGGAUUGGGAAUGACGAAGGGGUAGUGGCCCAAGAUACGGCCUCCCAGGAAGUUCAGUCCCGGGACUGCCACAAUGACAACAGAGAAAGGCCCCGCACUUCCGCCCUCAACCGGCUCGGAGGGGGGCAAGAUCGCCAAGGGGUCCAAGACCGCCUCGGAGGAAAGGAAUUCCAGAGGCCCCAGGAGAGUGGAGGGUCUGUCUUGAGGGCAGACGAGGAGCGUCCUCCUCGGGACAAAGGCAAGGCACUCCUUCAUGCCAACGAUGCUCGCCACCAAAUCAACCAGGCCCACUCAGCCCGGGUUCGUUCGCAGGGGGCGGAGACCCUCCCGAAGGAUCCCCGGGACGAAAUUAUUGCGGCCCUCCAACGCCGACUUGAUGAAAUGGAGGCCAACAAAGCUCACGCCACCACCUCCACCCCUCAUUCAGACCUCAAAUACGAGGCCAUGAUGGCCAAAAUGGAGGAAUUACAGAAGAAGGUAGCCGAGGGCUCCGGGGAACCCAUCAUCCAGCUCCGGACCCGGACGCCAUUUACCCCAAGGGUAUUGGCGGCCCGGAUCCCGGAAAAAUACCGAGGGCAACACAUACAGCCCUACAACGGGAAGACAGACCCCCAGGAACACUACAACAAAUAUCAGAACAACAUGAUGAUGGUAGGGGCGUCGGACGAAUAUUUGUGUCGUUGGUUCCUCUCCACCUUAGAGGGGCCGACAUACGAAUGGUUCAACCGGUUGCCCGAAGGCUGCAUUGAUUCGUGGCAAGAACUCGCCCAGCGAUUCUUGACGCAAUUUGUCGGGAGGCGUCGCACGAGGAAGCACUUCUCCCACCUCCUAACCAUACGCCAAAGGAGGGAUGAGACCCUUCGGGACUUCCUGGAGCGCUGGAGAACGGAAGCCGACAAAGUCGACGGUGCUGACGACGGGACCCUCCUGGCCCUCCUACAAACCGUCCUCCACACCGGCAACUUUUCAAGGAGCCUCAUCAUUGAACCCCCCCGCGACUACAUAAGGGCCCUGCAGCGGGGGGGACCGAUAUGCUGUGGCCGAGGAGGUGGAGAAAUACCACCAGCAUCCAGAUCAGCAGCCCCCGAAGGCUGACAACAAGAACAACCGAGGGCCGGGGGCUCCUCCAAAUCACCCCAAGGCUUCAGGACCCUCUGAUGACCGCCCUCGGCAAGACCAAGCCAAGCCCGGGGGAGGUUAUAAGAGCAGCCCUAAGACUUGGACACAACCCAUUCUCCUAGACCGCCCCCGGACACCAUUGACGCACCCCGUCAGCAUCAUUCUUGAUUUUGCCGAGGAGAGGGGCCUCGUUGAGCGCGAUUCUCGCGCACCCCCGGAGGUACAUGCUAUCAACCCUCAGUUCCCCUACUGUCGUUUCCAUCGGCAUCAGGGGCACAGAACCGAUGACUGCCAUCAGCUAAAGACGACCAUCGAGAGAUUGAUACAAGCGGGCCAUCUGUCCCAAUUUAUCCAGAGCCCUCGGCAGGAGGGGCCUUCUCAUCAGGGACCUCCCUGAGGGCACCACAUGAAGGUGAACGCUUGGGUGAACCCGAACACCAUACCCCUCGGCAAGAAGAGGGAGAUCGGAAACUUGGAGGAGGAAGAGGAGGAGUACCCCCACUACCAGGAGAAAAAACGCCACAUCCUCAUGAUUACCAGGGGCAAUACAGGGGGCGAUUCCACCAGCCAGCGGAAGAAGUGGGCUCAAUCGCUUUACGUGGGGGAAGUCACUCAUAUGCCCCCGGUAAAGCGGCUGAGGGAGGAACCCAUCACCUUCACCAACGCAGAUCUCCCUCCUACUUCUUCUCCUCAGAGGGAUGCCUUGGUGAUUCAGACUGAAAUAAACGACACCAUCAUUCACCGAACUUACGUUGACACGGGCAGCUCCGUCAAUGUGAUGUACCUCAGCACCUUUAGAGAGCUGCACCUGGAGAGGGGGUCCCUUCGGCCCAUUAAGACCCCUCUUGCCGGCUUCACUGGCGAUACUAUUGAUUCCGAGGGGGUAAUAACCCUCCCGGUAAUCUUUGGCGACGGGCUCCAUAGAGCCCAACACGAAGUGGAGUUCGUCGUCGUCAACAUCGACUGCGCCCACAACAUCAUCCUCGGCCGGCCAGCCCUCGAGGACCUCGAGGCCGUCAUCUCCAUGAGGCACCUCUGCCUCAAGUUCCCCGCCGAGGGGGGCAUUGGCUACUCCCGGGGGAAUCAAAGAAUUGCCCGCGCUUUCUAUCUUCAAGUCACGAAGAAAGUAAGUAAGACGGAGCUCCGUGUUGACACCAUAACCGGGACCAUCGACGAAGAAGAAAGGAGGCCGAGGGCUGAACCAGCCGAGGACGUAGAAGACUUUGCGCUCGAUCCGGCCAAGCCGGAGAGAGUCGUGAAGAUUGGAGCCCAGCUCCCUGAAGAUCUGAAGACCGGUAUCACCGACGCCCUCCGCGCCUACUCCACUGUCUUUGUAUGGGGGCCGGAGGACAUGCCGGGAAUAAGCUGAAGGGUCAUCACCCACCGCCUCUCGGUGGACCCCUCGGCAAGAGCAGUACAGCAACAAAGAAGACCCCUCUCCACCGAAAGGAGGGAAUUUGUGAAGAAGGAGGUCGCCAUGCUCCUGUCUAUUAAGCACAUCAAGGAGGUAAAAUACCCCUCAUGGCUGGCUAACGUAGUCCUCGCACAGAAGCCUCCUACCUUCCGCAUGUGCGUAGACUACACGGAUCUCAACAAGGCGUGCCCUAUGGACCCUUUUCCUUUGCCCAAUAUCGAUCAACUUGUAGAUGAGACCGCGGUGUGUGAAAUCAUGUCAUUCCUCGACGCAUUCCGCGGGUAUCAUCAGAUCUUCAUGCAUGAGGAAGACGCCGAAAAGACAGCCUUCAUGACUCCCGAGGGCAUCUUCUGCUACCUAGUGAUGGCCUUCGGCCUAAAGAACUCAUGAGCCACUUACACCCGGAUGGUGGCCCGAGUCUUUCAGGCCGUCCUAGGGCGCACCAUGGAGGCCUAUGUUGACGACAUGAUCGUCAAGAGCAAACAAUCUUCCAGCCAUGCCGACGACCUCCGGGAAAUCUUCGCCAUCAUGCAAAAGUUCAACCUUCGGUUAAACCUGAAGAAGUGCACCUUCGGCGUCCAAGGGGGCAAAUUCUUAGGCUACAUGGUGAGCCGAAGGGGUAUUGAGGCCAAUCCCGAGAAGAUCCAGGCCAUCAUCAACAUGGAGCCCCCACGCAACGUGAAGGAAGUUCAACGGUUGACGGGCCGCCUGGCAGCCCUCAACCACUUUCUAUCUAAAUCAGCGGAGAAGUCUCUACCCUUCUUCCAGAUCAUGAGGAAGACGGCUGGCUUUCAAUGGACUCCAGAAUGCCAGGGGGCUUUUGACGAGCUCAAACGAUAUCUAUCUUCACCCCCUGUGCUCUCCAAACCAAAGGUGGGGGAGACCCUCUAUCUCUACCUUGGGGUCAGCCCGGCAGCCAUCAGCUCCGUGCUCAUCCGGGAGGAAGACGGCAUCCAACAUGCCAUCUUCUAUGUAAGCAAGACCCUAAGGGAGGCCGAGCUCAGGUACUCUCCUGUGGAAAAAACGGUGUUGGCCAUCGUUUGGACCGUCAAGAAGUUGGGCAACUACUUUCAGGCUCACCCGGUUCAUGUCCUCACUCAUCAACCCCUCGACGCCCUCAUGAGGAGCCCCACCAGCUCCUCCCGCAUGGUGAAGUGGGCUAUCUUCCUGAGCCAGUACAACAUUGACAUCCUUCCGAGGCCUGCCAUCAAGGGCCAAGCCCUGUCGGACUUUGUGACGCAGUGUACCGCAAGGGCGGCCACGGACGGGGAGCCCUCGGCUACCUCGGACGACUGGUGGACCCUCUACACCGACGGAUCCUCCGCAACCAAAGCAUGCGGGGGAGGGGUAGUCCUCAUUACUCCCGAGGGCUUCAAAGCCUAUUAUGCAAUCCGCUUCUCCUUCAAAGUCUCCAACAACGAGGCCGAGUAUGAGGCCCUCCUAUGUGGCCUUCGGCUGGCUGCCAACAUGGAGGCUCGGCGGAUCCAUAUCAAAUGCGACUCCAAGUUAGUCGUUGGCCAAAUCUCCGAGGAGUAUGAGACCAAGGAGGGAAGAAUGAAACAGUACAAGGAGGCGGCCAAGGAGUUGCUUAAGGUAUUUGAGGCACACUCUCUCACUCAAAUACAGAGAGCUCAGAACUCCGAGGCCGACAUACUAUCCAAGCUCUCGGUCGACUCCCCCGAGCACAUCUCUAAGAUUGCUAAAAUUGAGGAACUCAGUCUCUCGAGUAUCCAUGCGAGCCCCGUCAUGAACAUACAACAACGCCAAGAGGACUGGAUCUCAUAUAUCAUCACCUUCAUCUCAGCCGGGCAGCUACCCGAAGAUGAGACCCGCGCUAAACUAGCAAAGCUGAGGGCUCCUAGCUACACCAUCGAAGACGGAAGGCUCUACAAACGGUCUUACAACGGCACGCUACUUCGGUGCCUUCAUCAAGAUGAAGCCGAGGUCGCAAUGGAGGAGGUGCACAGUGGCACUUGCUCAGCUCACCAGGGACCCUUCUCCAUGUCCCGAAGGCUCAUUCUCCAGGGCUACUUCUGGCCAACCAUGGCCAGAGAUUGUGCUGACCUUGCCCGAAGGUGCACCGCAUGCCAACAUUUCCAGAAAGCCCCCGGCAGGCCAGCGGUCAACUAUGCCCCCAUAAGCACAUCCGUCCCCUUUUCUCGAUGGGGGAUAGACCUCGUGGGCCCUCUGCCGAGGGGUACCUCCAACAACAGGUACAUCAUUGUGGCCAUCGACUACUUUACCAAGUGGGUGGAGGCUGAGCCCCUCGCCAGCAUCACAGAGGCGAAGUGCCGUCACUUCGUCCUCAAGAACAUCCUCACAAGGUUUGGCGUCCCCCAGCAGAUCAUCUCCGACAACGGAACACAGUUCGAGGCAGCCCCCUUCUGUGCCCUUCUGGAGGCAUGGGGCAUCAAACACACCUUCUCCUCCGUUGCCUACCCUCAAGGCAACGGGCAAGUAGAGAACGCCAACCGGACCUUGCUCGAGGGCCUAAAAAAGAAGCUGGAGGCCGAGGGCGGUGGCUGGGUAGAAGAGCUCCACAACAUCCUUUGGGCCUACUGCACCACCCCUCGGCGAGCAACAGGUGAGACACCCUUCUCCCUCUGCUACGGGUUUGAAGCCAAAGCUCCUACGGAAGUCACCCUUCCCACCCGGAGGGUGAUCCAAUAUGACCCCGAGGUCAACGACAGCAACAUGGCCCUCGACCUCCACCUCCUUUCAGAACGACGGGAGCAAGCCUUCAUCCGGGCAGAAAACUACCGAAGGCAAGUCAAAAGCUACAUCGACGCCAAGGUUCGCACCAGAGAAUUCCAAGUGGGGGACUAUGUCCUCCGGAGGAGGGAAGCCAGCCAACCGACCGAGGGAGGCAAAAUGGCACCAAAGUUCGAAGGUCCCUACAUCAUAGUAGCCAUCAUCAAACCUGGGACUUACAAGCUCAAAUGCCCCAACGGGAAAGAGGUCCCUAGGCACUAGAAUGUACACCACUUAGUUAAAUUUUAUCAAUAAUGUAAGAGCGGCCAAGCCCUCAUAACUAGUGAAUGUACUAUCCUAUGGCCCAAGGCCUCCAAUUUUGAAGAAUGAAGACACAUUCAGGACACCAAGAACAACCGCAAAACACUUAUGAGCGGCCAAGCCCUCAUACCAACUACAGGCCCCAGGCCUCACCACGAGAAGAACCCCCUCCGGCACCAAGUGCCGAGGGAGGACACCACCAACACCUUCAACAACAAGUGAAAACACCAAGUGUUUCGAACAAGACCCCUCGGUACCGAGUACCGAGGGUGGGGACUCCCAUCACCGGCAACAGGAAACACCAAGUGUUUCAUUUCAAGACCGUUCGGCACCCAGUGCCGGGGGUACACAUCUGUACCAUCAACAUCAAAAAUAAAAAGAACACCAAGUGUUCCUACAGAAGACCCCUCGGUACCAAGUACCGGGGGUACACAUCUCACCCAUCAACGUCAAAUAGAAGAAGAACACCAAGUGUUCCUACAGAAGACCCCUCGGUACCAAGUACCGGGGGUACACAUCUCACCCAUCAACGUCAAAUAGAAGAAGAACACUAAGAGUUCCUACAGAAGACCCCUCGGUGCCAAGUACCGGGGGCUACAUAACGAAACUAACACCAAGUGUUGUUUCUAAAAGCCGUACCCCACGAGGACGCAUAUACCGAAGGCGCCACCAUCGGUGCCGGCGGCACGUAGUGCCCCCGGCCAUUUGCAACUAGUGAGCAAAUGAAAACCCUUCCUUGAAAUGCUUUCCGCGUCAUUACCCUCAGGGUAUGACAGGCAUGAGAAAUGCCCAGGAUUCGACUUUCAAAAACGGAACGCUUUCCGCGUCAUCACCCCAAGGGUAUGACAGGCACGAGAAAUGCCCAAGAUUCGACUUCCAAACCGAAAACGCUCCCCGCGCUACCACCCCAAGGGUGUGGCAGGCCACGGACUAUGUCUAGCGCCGAGGGGACGACUUUCAAAAAUGAGGCGCUUUCCGCGCCAUCCCCCAAGGGGAGGCAGGUUACAGACCACCACAUCUUGUGCCCAGGGAACGACCCUCGAUCCCCUCGAAACUCGGAAGGUUAACCCGAGGGAGGAGAGCCAUUGGUGUAUUCUGAUGGUCUCCUGAUAGGCCCAGCCUUACCAAGAAACCAAGUUUCUUGAUGCCUUCCCUUCACCACCAACCAAAAAAAAAAAGAAAAAAAAGAGAGGGGGUGAAGGGGAGUAGACUCAUCGAGAAAUCAGUGAGUACAACACUCCAACAAAUCACAACAUACCGAGGGCUCCCUACGGGAACACCUCCGGUAACUGAAGGCUCCUAUUUCCCGAAGGUUACUGCUCAACAAUAGAAAGGGAUGGGACUGUCUCAAGUACACUAAAUGGCUAAGUUCACUUCAAAUAAGUGUCGAGGGCACCUACCAUCGGUCAUCCAUUGCUACCGAGGGGUCCUAUCCUGUAAAAGGGGAUGCAACUGACUAAGGCAGCUCAAGAACCCUUCAAAUGAAUGCCGAGGGCACCUAUAUCCCACCAGCAUUCACUACAACAUCAAUAUCCUACAAAUUUUCCUAAGUCCACACUUUUGAAAAAAAAAAUGACAACAGCCGGAGGCUCACAUAUCACCCAACGACCGAAGGCAUCUAUUACAAAUCAUCAAAGGCCAACCAAGGGGGAUUAUUCCAAAAUAAUGUCGCCCUCGGGAAAUCUUAAGUGGAAAACACUACUGACCGAAGGCUACACAAGGAAGCAACACUUAGGAAUUUUUCUAAGUCCUAAGGAUUGGGUCCUCAACCUAAUCAUCACACAACAAUUGAACUACAGACACCCGAAGGCCCUAUGGUGUGCUACACUUAGAAAAAUUUUCUAAGUCCUACAUAUUUGGCCCUCGGUAAAAUCUCCAUGCUACCCGAGGGGACAUGCGGUUGAAGACUUGGUGAAGCUAUACUUAGAAAUUUUUUCUAAGUCCUACAUACUUUGACCCUCGGUCAAAUCUCCAUGCUGACCGAGGGCUCCUGCUACAUACGUGCUACACUUAGAAAAAUUUCUAAGUCCCAAAAGGUCUUACCCUCGGUGACAAGUUUCUAAGUCCCGAAUCAACCUGCAACCCGGGGGGUCACAUGAUUGAAGGCUUGGUGAGACUACACUUAGAAAAAUUUCCUAAGUCCUAACUAUUUCUAGGCCCUCGGUCACCCAUCUAGCAAAGGGUGCCCAACUACCGAAGGCUACAACUGUAUUCAAACACUUAGAAAAAUUUUCUAAGACCUAAGCUCCUCACCUCCGUUUAUCUCAUAAAGACUACAAAGAACCGGAGGGAAGGAUCAACCGGGGGCUAACAAAUGGACAGACACUUGGAAGAAUAUUUCCUAAGUCCUAAGCCUACAUUCAAAGGAGCAAAGGCAUACAUUCAAAACGAGACGAGGGCAUACAUUCAAGGAAAAACACUCGGAGGAAACGAACUAUACGAAAAGCCCGAAGGCAAAACAUUCAUGCAUUCAGGGAGGAGCCAAAAUAUAUAUGUUACAAUAUGGCCGAGGCCGAGAGUACACGAAUAUUCAUUCCAAACAAAAAACAAAGGAAUUCAAAACACUACAAUUACAUAUCACAUAUUGUCAACACCGGGGCCAGCCUCUUCCGCAGGCUUCGAGAUGACCUCCGCAUCAGCCUCUGCUUCAUCGCCCUCGGCCUCUUUCAGGAGUUCUGAAUCUUCCAGUUCCGGCCUCUCGACGCCCUCAGGAAGGGGGACUCUGAUAUCAGGCUGGAGGGGGGGAGACCGUAUGCCGACGGGUCAAAGGCCGUUGGCUCUAUCUUCUGGUGCCGGGCGAGCCUCCUGUAGAUUAGGGCCUGGAUGAAGAACUCCCCUACGGCGUAGUAAUCUUCACCCUUUCGGGCUAGCCACAUCGCCCCGGGGCCCUUCACCCACCCCUCGGCAGAACUCUCCAUGACCGAGGCCACCCAGUUUUUAUGGCCUUCGACCUUCCAGCCCUCGGUCAUGAAGGCAGCAACUGCAGCAGCGGCGGCCUCUGCUUUGGCGGCCUCGGCGUCUUCAAGGGCCUUCUUCGCAGCCUCGGCAACCAUCUUCUCCAUCUCCACCCUCUCUCUGGCCGCUCUCUGCUUCCGCCCUCGCCUGCUGGAGGUCCCUCUCCAGUUGAGCCAUCUGCCUCACGGCCUCAGCAUUUUCAUGAAUAAGCUUCUUGAGGGACUCCUCCUGUUGCGCCCUCUGGAGGCGCCACUCGUCGAACCUCCUGGCGUGUUCACCGAGGGCUAUGCAAGCCUGUUUAGACAAACAACAAAGCAAGGGGUUAAAAUUAUCAUCACACAAACAGAUAAAGUCAUGGGCCACGAUGCUAAGGAAAAAGAAAGAAGAAGAGAGGAAGGAGGAGAACUUACGGUAAGAUAGGACCGGAGGAUUUUGGACUCGAGGGCUUCAUCAUCCAGCUUCCCGAGGGCCCGCCUGUCCAGAGCGGGUGUAGCCCCGCCCAGAAAUUCCCGGGGGUCCACUGUGCCAUGCGUAAUGGCAGACCCCUUCGGCAGGGAGAACUGUAUAUCCUCCCGAGGCAAGCUUACCUCGCCACCUUUACCCGAGGGUGGGCAAGGAGCAGUCGGAGCACUGGGCUCAGAGGCUGAAUGCUCGUCCACCACCACCACCAGGGGAGCCUUCUUCCCGGCGUCCCCCUUUUUCUGCUUCUUCCUCUCGGGGAUUGGGGCCUUGCCGGCGGCCUUCCGUUUUGCGGCCUCCCCCGAGGGCUCACCACCCUUCUUCAUCUCCCCGAGGGGCUUCUGCUUUACGGGCUCCUUCUGGCCCGGGACCUUCACCUUCUGCUUUUUGAGGUUGGCGAAGGCAUUGAGAUCCAUAUUGACACCUGCAAAAACAAUGUAGGGUUAAAAUCGAGGGGUCACUAACAGAUGGCAUAAAGAGAAGCAAACAAGCAAAUGAACUAUGUGUUAAGAUAUGAAGGUGAGAGUGCCCUCAGCCACUACCUCCGGAGGCUCCCUCAAACACCGGGAACUUCUCAUCUGUUUCCCCCAGUAAGCGAUACCUCCGGAACCCGAGGGUGUAGAGAUCUCCCUCUUUGGUGCACUCCUUGAUGGUGAUAUUCUUGUCCCGGCCCUCCGGAUCAUGGCCAGAAUCCUGCCGUCUUUCUCGAGGGCGGCGCUCCUCCUUUUCUCGUGCCUCCUGAAACGGUCACGUAACUCCCUCGGGAAGGGACUCUCGGUCAGCUUCACGUAGCACCACCGGUCCUUCCACCCCUUGUUCGAGGAGGGCACCUCAGUGAAGAGCUUGAACAUUGCCACCUGCUGCAAGUUUGCGAAGCCCUCGGCAUUCGCAUGCCCCCCGACACAGAUUGAAGCUCUGGAAGAAGAGGUCCAGGCUAGGCGUCACCCCCGUGACUUGCAGAGCUGGAGGAAGCCAGUAAUGUAGGAAUGGCUGUUCGGGGUCAGCUGGCAGGGGACUAGACCCACGAACCGGAGGUACUCCCGGAGGAAAGGGUGCAGGGGGAAGCGGAGUCCCAUGGACACCGAGAGAACGUGCACCGCAAUACAGCCCUCGGGAGCCCGGGAGAGGAUGUCAUCUGGGCCCGGUGUCACCACGAUGGCCGAGGGGCCCACGUGAAGCUGAGUGACGUAGAUGUCCGCUGCAUCAACCUUUGACCUUAUUUCCAAGGCGGCGAUGUUCAGGUAGGAGUACCCCUCGGGCAUAUCGAGGGGCUUCCCUUGAUCUGCAACGCUUCCCUUCUUCUUGGGAGCAGCUACCUUGGCCUUCUUCUUUCCGGGGGCCACCCGGAUGGGAACCGCAUUCAGCGGCCGAGAGGUGCUGGCCUCAUCGGCACCCCGAGGGGGGAGCACAGCAACGGUGACCCUCGCGCUUUCUCUUUGCGCCUCCUCUUCAGCUGCUUGCCAGGCUAGGGCCAGCUCUUCAUCCUCACAUUCUUGCUCGAAGCCCUCAGCUUCCGCCUCAGCAAUGAGGGCUUUCUGCAGCUCCAGGGCGACGGCGGCAUCCUGUCCCACCGAAGACUGUGCACUUGAGGACUUCACAUCCGAGAGGACUUCAUCCUCCAUCGAGGGCGCCCCCGAGAUGUCUUGAGAAUCACUCUGGGACGACAUUCUGGCUCUGGUUCGAAGGCUCGUAGACGCUAGUGUUUUCUAAAAAAUCUAUCUCCUAGCCUAAUGGCACAAGACAGCUAACUAGAGAGGUGAAGUGCGAGUGGAGAACUGACCUGGGAAUUAGAGUUUGAUCGAGGGCUGCUGUUUCUCUCUCUAGGAAAAAUUCGGCAGAGCUUCGCUAACAAGGUUUCGCACAAGGAGGAGUGCCUGGCCUUGGGGUAUUUAUAGGCGCUGGAAUCCGGGCUUGGGCCUGGAAACCGGGCCUCCGGAUGGACCGUCAUCAUUACACGCCGUGUCUUCGCCCAACCGGUGAUGCCGCCCACGGACAGCCAACCAUCACGCGCCACGUGUACCCCCCCAACGGCUAUAUCCUGACGUUACAUAUUCCAACGGCUAUAUUUCCAACGGCUAUGUUCUGGGAGCCCCCGGAUUUUCUUACUUCACUCCACUUCAUCAAGAAGAACCUCCGGGUACACUUACCCAGAGAUGCCCCCGGGUUGUGCCCCACACAGUACAUAACAGUCGCCUUCGGGACCACUCCUUCAGAAGCCCAAGGCUUCAUAUCAGGCCACCCCUCGGGGAUUCCCCCUCAGCACUGUAAGGGCCGAGUAGCCCCCAGGGAGUAUGCCUCAUUGACGGAUAGCCUACAGCACACAGGUAAUGGGAGCCCUCGGAGAUCCUCAUCACCAACUAAUCAGCAAGUAGGGGACACCCCGGUGACAAUUCAACUACUGCCCUCAUCCAUCACGCCCUCGAUCCCCAGAUUGAGGGGCUUCCCUUCGGCACCUCCCAGGACAUAAACAGCAAGCCUCCGGCUACUCAACACAUGAGCCCUCAAAACAAGGAGAGCCUUCGGCAUUACCAUUAUUCUCCAUUUUGAGCCAAGGUUUCACAUUUUCGAUUCAUCAUUGGGGGAAUUCGGUGCACUCUUUUUCCCUCAUUAGGAUUUUUUCCCACAGGGUUUUUCCUAAUGAGGUUUUUAACGAGGCAUCCCCCCAAAAUGAAACGAAAAGCGUCAGCCUUCGGCCCACAACAACAGCGCAACUACUCUACUCCUUUUCACCACUUUACAAGUGCCUCAAGGAGUGGGGGACUGGAGGACCCCCUCGGGAAAAUCAUUAAAUUACAAAAUGGUGAAAAAUUCCAACAAACGGCCAAGCAAUCCCUCAAGUCCCGACAUAUGGGUAACUGAGGGACUGCCUCACCAACUUCAGAGAUUACAACGGGACAACAUCAAAGGGCAAGCACAAAUUACUCCUUUUCCCUCAAGUACCUUUCAGCAAAAGGAGUGAGGGACUCCUGAUGGAGUAUAUGGCCCGGGAACCCCCGGCCCACAGACUCCUACUACACCAAUAAAGGCCCAACCGGCCCAGGAAGCACAGCAGGCCCCAAAUUACGACGCCCCAAGCACUUAGCAGCCCACACGCACACUGGGGAGCCUUCGGCCCUCUGGCCGAAGGCUCAAAACUCUCACGUAACAGGUUUUUCAAGCAAACUAAGAAACUAGGAGAAAAACGGCAGAAAACAGUAGCCCUCGGCACCUGGAGCCCUCGGCACCCAGGGGGUCCCCGGCACUCAGAGCCCUCGGCUAGUUCUUUGCAGCCGAGGGCACCUCUCCCGACAUAAUAUCCGCGCCACAUGCGUACAGAUCACCGUACCCUGUACAACGUCCCAUCCAACAGCCGCAUUAAAUGCGGCCACAUGCGGCUGCCAGCGCCAACCAGUUGAGGUGACCUCUCGGCCAAUGGGCGUUUGACACGUGUCCGUGUCCGGCAUUUAUUGCUACUAUAAAUAGCACCCCAUUUCCCCAUUUGUAACCACGCUGAAAACGCUCCACACUUAUAAUAUACUUUCUCUCUCUAUAUUUACUUGCUCUGACUUCUCUCUUAUUACUCCCCAUAAUAACCCCUCAGAUAAGCUACCCCACGGGUACACUUUCCAUCACAAGGUUUCCGUUUGAAGGUCGAAGAUGAUGACGAAGAAUCCGAAAUCAUAUGACAAUGGUGGCACCUCUUUAAAAUUCCAAAUGGCUGAAGAACGAACGAAGGGAAGAGAGCUUCCCAAGAAAAUGGCGUGCACCUCACUUGAAUUAUACAAAGAAAGUUUGGUUUAUACUUGAUUUAGGGAUUUAAACGUAUAAGGAUGCGAAGUUACAUGUUUACUCCUGAAAAAUGGAAAGCCAAAUGGAGUUUUGUAAGAUUUUUAACGGCAAGGGUGACAUUUGAAACAAUUCUGACUAAUCGGGUGUGACAUUUAACAAAGCAGAAACACGGAUCUAGGAUUUCAAUAUGGUGGCUAAUUGGGGGACCAAAACUGUGAUUUUCCCUUGUCUAAAAACCUUCCUGGAUGGUAGACGUAUGGGAAAUGAAAGUGGGGACGGUUUGGACACAUCAACUUCUAUUGUUUUAUGAAAUUUUUCUUAAAAUAUUACUAAUAAAAAUUUUAGGGACAAAAAUGUAACCAUAAGUUACUAUGUGUAAGUUUAUAGUCACUAUAAUGUAACAUUUGAAUACAAUUAUAGUUACUAAAGUAACUAGAGUCACAAUGUGUAAGUUAAUUUUAUUUUGGUUAUAUAUUUGAAAUAAUUUCUUGUUUUGUUUUAGAAAAAAUGGCAAAAAUGGUACCUCUACACCCUUGAAAGACAAAAAAGUAUAUGAUUAAUUUUCAUUUUAAAAAAAUAAAUAAACAAAUAUUAUUUAAUUAAUAUACUUUCCUUUUGAUUCUAAUUCUUACUCAACUACCCACCCUUGCCCCACCUCUAUUUCAUUGCUUGCUCCAGCCGCUUCUGCCGGCGAUUGUCGCUAGAAAUCGCUACAAUCGAAAAAUAUCACUAGGAUAUUUAUUUUCCAAAAAGUGCCGCCGGAAAAUAUGUCUAGUGAAAAUUAUUUCACUAGCACUUUUUUUGAACUUUCGCCGGUGUUGAGAUUAAAUCCCGCAGAUCCGAAAGCUCAACCCACACUUUGGAUAUAAAAGCUGAAUAAUAAUAUGCUCAAAAGCCCACUUGUAUUAAGCAAUUUGCUGAUUACAAAGGAAAUUUCCCGAACGGCACGUCGGAAUAGUGGUAAUACAAUAACAAUAAUGAGAAAGCUAUUCUAGGCUCUGAGUAUCCAAAUGCUAACCCUUUACCAUGAGAUUAGAACCCCUAUUUAUACUAAUAAAAUGGGGUGGGUGAUGACGUGGCUGAAUAUGACUUGUUGCCGUUCUCGAGUCACUUGGAUGCCCAUACUUCCACUUGCUGACGCCAUUUCCUAGCAUAAAUGCCCCUUGCCACUUGCAGGCUACCCGUUCCCUGAACGGGGUGAUGGUCCAUGCUGAAUACAUGUUUGAUCUGGCCCAAGUACCCUGGUUGAUCCGAUUCCCAUUUGGGGUAUAAUCCCUCGUGGUUUCCUGGAUCCCGUUUGGACUAAUUGCUGGGUCUAUUCUUCUUUGGAUCCUUGCUGACUAAUGGGCCUGGUAUAUUGGGCUUUCGGCCCAAUAUCCCAACACGAGUCCCCCACUUCUGAUGUCCUGAACGACAGUGAAGGCAUAAGGAAGUAGAAUAAUUUGGUUGUAUGCCGUUCGGCAAUCAUGUAUAGGAUCUCACCGGUUCCUGAUGUCCUGAUUUUAGGCUUACUUGCGGCCGUCGUUUGAUUUUUCUCAUAAUCGUCAUGAUUACUGGGCUUUGUUUCUCCGCAUGACACAUGUUUUCCCAAAUGCUCCUGGUGACGUGUUUCCUUCUGGUUGGUCAAUGAAUCGGCACUUGUCAGGCUAUAAGUAGGCCUUUGGUUCUCCGGUUCUGGGUUUCGAAUUUUCAGAUCCUUCGUGCUCUUGCUCUACCUUCUCUCUAGAACUCUUCAAGCUCCGUCCGUUCAGGUACACUUUGCCCCUUCCCCUUACUUUUUUCACUUCGUGUUCGGUCAACAUGCCUUCUCGAUCACCUUCUUCUGGAUCGAAUUCGGAUUCCGCCACUCAAGGGGAAUUCCAUGACGCCGCUGCACAAGAAGCUAUAAUAGUUCCCUUUGUUGAUGUUGCCAAUGAUGCGACUGCGGGGGUGGUUGAUGAGGAUCCUUCAGGCGACUCUGCUUUCAGUGAGGACUCUGAUGGCACAAUGUCCGGUGAUGAACUUGCUUCAAUGGCGGUUGGCCCCCUAGGCGAUGUCCCUCAUUAUAGGGUUGACCUGAGAUUAAUCAGGGAGAGGAGGCAAAAAUUGACUUCUCACAAUAGGGCCCAAAUUCCAGCCCUAAUUCCAGACCCGGUGGAUUUCCGUCUUCGGGUUGGGAUUCAUCCAAUGUGCCACCUCCCUGGGAUGGUGGUGGUCCAUUUAGAUUCAGUGAAAGAUGGGCUUAGGUUUCCCCUGCACUCAUUUUUCGUGUCCUUCUUCAAAUUCUAUGAAGUAGUACCGGCCCAAAUCAUGCCGAACUCUUAUCGGGUGAUGGCCGGCUUCAUUUGCCGCUGUGUGGAUGCUAAUAUUACACUCAAUCUGGAACUGUUCCAUCAAUUUUUUAAGGUGGCCCCCAGCAGACGCAUGGAUACCUGGCUCCAAUUGCCCAAACGGGACAUAUUUUAUUUAAGAGCAACCUUACCCCAAUCAAGGGGUUGAAAGACCGGUUUUUCUUCGUUUCUAUCCCGGACGGCUUGAUUCUUAAUAGGUGGAAUGCUUUCCCCCGUAAAUCUCCUGAUGCGCUUCUUAGGGGGUGUUUGGAACUGAUUCUGCUUCUGCUUCUUUUUUAAAGCAGAAGCAGAAUCAGAAUCAGUUUUCAGAAGCUGGUACCCCCCAACUUCUAAAAAAACUGAUUCUAGGAGUAAAUUAGAGCACCAGAAUCACUUCUACAUUUUCACCCAAACACUCCAACUUCUGCUUCUGCUCCCUCAAGGAGCAGAAGCAGUUUUAAGAAUCAGAUCCAAACACCCCCUUACUGAGCAAAUUUGCAAGGAUGUUUUUGUGGUGGAACAUGACAAAACUUGUGAGAUUAUAGGAUACUUGACUCCUGAUCGGCUUAUCAAAGCCGGGAUACGUACUGCCUGCACUCUUGGGUUUGCUUGAUUGAAAACCAAGUGUCAUGGGCUGGGCGGUCCUUCCCGUGCGAGAAAUGUCCUUUUCUAGUUUCCCACGUGGUAUGAUCACUCGAUACUAACUCUUAUCUUGUUAUUUUUUCAGCUCCCAAUCCAGACGCCCCCAUGGAUGACAGCCGUGUGCUUGUUGCCGGUGGAGUGGGAAAGAGGAAGAAAUCCAAGAAGAAUCCUCAGCCCAAGUCAUCACUCAGUGCUUCACAAGACACUGGGCCUUCUCAACCCGUUUAGGAGCCUGACCCUAUUCUACAGGUUCCCCGUCAUCAGGAGCCUGAUGAUAUGAUGAUUGACAACCCGUUCGGAUCUGAGCAAAUGCAAUUCUUCAUGCAUCAAUUCCAGGCCGCCCAAGAUACAACCCUGGGGGCCAAUCAGGUCAAUCCCGCAGAUCUUGCAGGACAGAUCGAACGAAUCACUCUGGAGGAUCCUGUUCACGAGAUCCUGGAAAAAGCUGGUGCGUCCGCGAGCCAAGUCUUGUCCACCUCUUCUUAUUUUAAUAACUUCCCGCUCCCCAAACUGCCGGUCGAUCGGGCAGAGGAAUGUGUGGCCUUAACGGCCUUAAAGGUACUUUGUUUUCCCUGUACUUUGUUUCACAUCUUAUCAUGCAACCCUUAUCUCAUAUUUUAUUCCCGAACGGGGCCCCGAACGGUGUUUCCUCAUGCAACCCUUAUCUCAUAAUUUCUUUAACUGACUAUCCGGUUUAAUUUUAAAUUGAGAUCCCAUUUGGUAACACUAAAAUUGGCUGAAUUGGUUGAUUCUGCUGAAAUUUAUGAAGUUCUAGCUGAAGUGGCUGUAUUGGCUGAUUCUGGUGAUUCAUGAAAAAAUUAUAUUUAAAAUAUUUUUUAUUAAUAAAUUAAAUAAAAAAUUAUAUGAAAAAAAUAGCUAAAAUGAUCCUCUACAGUAACUUCAGCCAAAACAGCCAGAAAAGUAACUACAACCUUACUUUUUCUGCUUAUUACAAACUUCAGCGCGCGAAAUAAAAAAUUACGUGUUUGGUGAAAAAGCUGGUUGAUAAGACUGAUAAGCCGAAAAAAUGGGUCACCAAACAGGCUCUGAAAUUUUAUGAAGGUGAUCUAAAAAAACAUGCAUGUUCAAAAAAUUACUCCCUCCGGUCCUAAAUAAACUUCACACUUUGACUUCACACAAAUUAAGGAAAUAAAUUUAACUUUACUGUAGAGUACACUGUUGUGACACUGUUUGACUUUACUGUAGAGUACACCGUUGCAAAGUUUAUUUUGAACCUACCCAAAAUGAAAAGUGUGAAAUUUAUUUAGAACACUUAAAACGAGUUUGAUUAGACGGUGAUUCUGAUCAUACAGUCCUCACUUUAAAUUGGUACCAACAACAAACCCAAUGGUCUUUAUCCAAUCUUUUAUCCUUUCAAAUGGACUAUCGGUCACUUGUUUAGUGGUUACUGCCACAUUUCUAGGUUGCCUAGCAAGUGGUCAAUGACAACGCCACCUCGCCUUGUAUAGAAGAAGAUAUACAACUAAUUGACAUUUUUUUUUCCUUAAAUAUACGUGACAGUUUAGUCUUUAAUUUAUUGUUAUAUUCCAUUUAAUUGUAAUAAGGGAAAAUUCUUUAAAAUGUGACUAAAACCUUCACAAAAAUGCAUAAAUAUUAUCAUCAUUAUUUUCUUCUUAAAAUACCAUUAGUUCAUUCUUGAUUAUUGAAGUUCUAUUAAUACUUUUAAUAGAAUCAAAUAAGUGUCACUCGAUAUUUUGAGAACAAAACAAAAAUACUCCUAUUUACAGAUUUUAUCUAUGUUUCAAUCCAAUUUAGAAUAAUUUCUUUAUUAGAAUAAAUGCAAUAAUUGUAUAGAGAAAAGCCAUUAAAAGGGGUCUCUGUUGUAAAUUCCUGAGAAAGACAAGUUUGAAUUGUUCAUCAGGACACCAAGCUACUCAUGGUCCUUGUAAUAAGCUUACUCAUCUAAUUCAUAUCAUUGUAAUCAUAGUUAGACAGGUGGGUAUAUCUAAUACUGCCAGCAAAUUGUGUAGAAUCAUUCCUGAAUGAUUCAUCCUUAAGCUUGGCUAGUAUAAAUAGAGUUAGUUCAAUUCUUUGUAAAUUCAUUCAGAAAAUAUUCAGAGAUUAAGAAGAAGAUAUUCAGAGCUUUUAUUAAUAUAUCUAUCUCUUAAGUUUAGUCUUCAUCUUGUUCAUUUUAAACAUGUUAUCAGCAUGAAUCAGCUCAAACUCUUCAAGAAUUCAGCUAUCCCCUGCAGGUAUUAACAUUAAUACUACGUAUGAUUGAUCUUCUUUAAAUUGCUCAAGAAAGAAUUAAAUAAAUCUGAACAUUUUAUUUGACUGACUGAAAUUGAGACCCUUCUAUCCGAAUCUGAAAUUUAUGUUGUUGUUUUCAUAUUAGCAACAUACAUACCUGUGUGUUGGGAUAUUGACCUAGAGGCCCAAUACCCAGAUCGGGAAGGCCCAAGAUAUCCGGCCCAAGUAACGGGCCCAUCACUCUAUGAUGAAAAGAUCCAGUAAGGAGACAUACCGAACGGGGUGCGGCCCAAAUAAAGGUUGGCCCAAUAAGAAGACAUACCGAACGAGGUUCGGGCUAUAUAUUAUACUUGGGCCAAUUUGACAGCAUCUUCAGUACAGACCAACAUCCCGUUCGAGCAACGGCCAACCAGCAAGUGGCCAGGUGCAGUUAAUGCCAGACUAUGACAUCAGCAAGUGGAAGCAUGGAUGACCAAGUCGGUGGAACAACGGCCAAUCAGCAAGAGGCAGCCCAUGCUCUCCAUUAGUAUAAAUAGAAGGUUUCAAAUCAUUGUAAGGGUUAGCAUUUCAAUACUCAAGCUCUAGAAUAGCAUCAUUUGCCCUUACUUCUUGUAUUAAAGCAUAGUUUCCGACUUACCGAUCGGGAAAUUCCUUGUAAUCAGAUUGGUUAAUUAAUACAAGUGAGCUUUCGAGUUUUAG